GGCGGCGGCGGCGGCGGCGGCGGCGGCGGCGGCGGCGGCAAGAAGGAUUCGAUCACGUACAGGGAAGUUUUGGAAAGCGGACUGGCGCGCUCCCGGGAGCUGGGGAGCUCGGAGUCCAGCCUCCAGGACCUUACGGAGGGCAGCGGCCACUGCCCGGUGCAUCUGUUUAAGGACCACGUGGACAGCGACAAGGACAAACUGAAAGAGUUCGGCACGGGGAGGGCUGCGGAAGGCAUCUACGAGUGCAAGGACAAGCGCGAGGACGUCAAGUCCGAGGAUGAGGACGGGCAGACGAAGCUCAAGCAGAGGCGCAGCCGCACCAACUUCACGCUGGAGCAGCUCAACGAGCUGGAGAGGCUGUUCGACGAGACCCACUACCCCGACGCCUUCAUGCGCGAGGAGCUCAGCCAGCGCCUGGGGCUGUCGGAGGCGCGCGUGCAGGUUCAGGCACAGCUCCAGCUGGAAGGCGUCGCGCACGCGCACCCGCACCUGCACCCGCACCUGGCCGCGCACGCGCCCUACCUGAUGUUCCCGCCGCCGCCCUUCGGGCUGCCCAUCGCGUCCCUGGCCGAGUCGGCCUCCGCCGCCGCCGUCGUGGCCGCCGCCGCCAAAAGCAACAGCAAAAACUCCAGCAUCGCCGACCUGCGGCUCAAGGCGCGGAAGCACGCCGAGGCCCUGGGGCUCUGA